UUUCUGUGUCUCCAGUUUCUAACCAAGUUAGAACAGUGCCUGAGAACAGUGGUCCCAAAAGGAUGUCAGAGCCUGGAUCCUGUCAUGAAAAUGACCAACAAGGAGAGCAAAGACAUAGUCAUGAGAUGACUGUUUUAGAAUCAGAAGUGCUCUCCAUGCUGGCUACCUGAAUGACAGGAAGCAGUGGCCUCAGGAGUAGAAUUCCUUUUGUAGGGGGAGGUAGGAAGAAGGGUAGCUGCAUGUUUCAGAACCCCAUUUACUAGAGCCUAGUCCUAGGAAAUCUCUCAGAAACUCAGAUCACAGUGCUCUCUGAUUUGUGUUGUUUAUGUGAUCCUGGGGCAGAUGUUCCUUGGAGGGUAUUUUUUAAUGUAGCUUGCACUCCUGAAAGACCCUAGUGUCUCAUUCUUAUUUCCCCUAGGCCAGCUGUCCUUCAGAAAAAGCAUCCUGAGGAGGAAGAAGAAUUGUUACACAUCUUAAAAUCCAGAUUCAGUCUCCAGGUUAACUGAUACUGCGUUACCCAAAGCUCCCACUUGAAUCACCUAGUUGGUCUUUCUGGAGUGGCCAGCCCCCACUGGAAACAAAGACAUUCCUAUCAGAUUUUGUGUCUUCCGUAGAAGAAGCUCCAAGAGGACUGAUCAGUUCUUGAAUUCUAAAGCUAUGGCCCACGGUUUGGUAACAUUCUCAGAUGUGGCUAUAGACUUCUCUCAGGAGGAGUGGGCCUGUCUGGACCCUGCUCAGAGGGACCUAUACUGGGAUGUGAUGUUGGAGAACUACAGUAACUUGGUCUCACUAGAUUUGGAGUCAACAUCUGAAACUAAGAGCUUAGCUGCAGAAAAGAACAUUUCCGGAAUAAAUUUUUCCAAAAGGAAUUCAGAUGGAAAAAGUAAAUCCCUUGGCAUUAACUGGAUGCAGGAACGUGAUCCUGCAGGACCACGGGGCUCUCGAGAGGGACGUUUGAAGCAAAAGAAAAUCAGCAGGGGGAAAAGGCCUACUAAUAGAGAAAGUACACCUUCUAGAUCACGACAGAGACAUCAUAAUAAGGAGAGUUCCUAUGAAUGUAAGGAAUGUGGGAAGGCUUUUAGUCGUGGCUAUCAACUUAGUCAACAUCAGAAAAUUCAUACUGGUGAGAAACCUUACCAGUGUAAAGAGUGUAAGAAGGCUUUUCGUUGGGGUAAUCAACUUACUCAGCAUCAGAAAAUUCAUACUGGUGAGAAACCUUAUGAAUGUAAAGAUUGUGGGAAGGCCUUUCGAUGGGGCUCAAGCCUUGUUAUUCAUAGGAGAAUUCAUACGGGUGAAAAACCCUAUGAAUGUAAGGACUGUGGAAAGGCCUUUAGACGUGGUGAUGAACUCACUCAACAUCAGAGAUUUCACACUGGUGAAAAAGACUAUGAAUGUAAGGACUGUGGGAAGACCUUUAGCCGUGUAUAUAAACUUAUUCAACAUAAGAGAAUUCAUAGUGGCGAGAAACCCUAUGAAUGUAAAGACUGUGGGAAGGCUUUUAUUUGUGGUUCAAGCCUCAUUCAGCAUAAGAGAAUUCAUACAGGUGAGAAACCCUAUGAAUGUCAAGAAUGUGGGAAGGCCUUUACCCGAGUCAAUUAUCUUACUCAACAUCAGAAGAUUCAUACUGGUGAGAAACCUCAUGAGUGUAAGGAAUGUGGGAAGGCCUUUCGUUGGGGGUCAAGCCUUGUUAAGCAUGAGAGAAUUCAUACAGGGGAGAAACCAUAUAAAUGUACAGAAUGUGGGAAGGCCUUUAAUUGUGGCUAUCACCUUACCCAGCAUGAGAGAAUUCACACUGGUGAAACGCCUUAUAAAUGUAAGGAAUGUGGAAAGGCCUUUAUUUAUGGCUCAAGCCUUGUUAAGCAUGAGAGAAUUCAUACAGGGGAGAAGCCCUAUGAGUGUAAGGAAUGUGGGAAGGCCUUUAGUCAUGGCCAUCAACUUACACAGCAUCAGAAAACUCAUAUGGCGAAAUCCUAUGCAUGUAAGGAAUGUGGAAAGGUAUUUAAUCAUUUAAACCAUCUUAGAGAACAUCAGAAGACUCAUAACAGUUGAAAACUCUUUGAAUACAGUAGUCCCCCAAUCCUCAGUUUUGCUCUCCAUGCUUUCAGUUACCCACGGUUAAUACAGUCCAAAAAUAUUAAAUGGGAAAUUCCAAAAGUGAACAAUUCAUAAGUUUUGAAUUAUGCACCAUUCUGAAUAGCGUGAUGAAAUCUUGUGCUGUCCCACUCCAUGAGCCUGGACCGGGAAUCCUCCCUUUGCCCAGCAUAUCCAUGCUGUAUAUGCUACCUGCCUGUCCAUCACUUAGUCGCCAUCUCAGUUACCAGAUCGACUGUCAUGGUACCGCAGUGCUUAUGUUCAGGUAACACUUAUUUUUCUUGAUAACCCAAAGCGCAAGAGUAGAGAUGCCAGCAAUUUGGAUAUGCCGGCAAUAUGGAUAUGCCAAAAAGAAGCUAAGUGCUUCCUUUAGAUGAAAAGGUGAAAGUACUCAAUAAGGCAAGAAAAAAAACUGCUUUGCUGAGGUUGCUAAGAUCUACAGUAUAAGAAGAUUAUUUUGAGAGAGAG